UCUAAGACGAGUAGCAGCUGCCUCCCUGUGACACACUCUCACUCUGUGCCAACUACUUCACUCUCACCUCUCCGUCUUCCGUCAUCUACUUCUUCAUCGCUUUCUCCUACACUUCUUCUCCUGUCUAUUCCCGUCGACCAUUAAUACUAUACCAUACUUUUGUCCGACGUCUAAUCUCCUACCAUACCCGUCCGUACAGAGAUCGGAAUAAUGGCCAGCAAGCAAACCUUCUCUACUCACGACCUUCGAAGUGCUGCCACCGAAAACCAACGCAGCACUCUUGAUCAGAAGCGCAAGUGGGCUCACGGUUCAGCAUUCGGACCUGGUCGUCUUACUACUGACGUUGCCCACGCUCGACCGGCACGUCCCGAUAACAGAGAACCGAGCGGCGUGCGUCGCGAUGGCAUAGCUGUUGCCACCUUCAAGGCUCGCUCGCGAGAGGGCCGCAAAGCCGACAUCAAUGAAUACUAUGAUAGUGGAGACUCGUCUGCACCUGAGGAGGUCGAUGAGGCGUCUGCAGCUCCAGAGCCAGACGCCGAGGUCGCCUACUCGUUUGACGCCGCCAGCGGACCCAGCCACGGAAGUCAGAUCCUGAGCGCCGCUUUGGCAAAAGCGGUUGAACGAUACGAGGUUGUGGCGACCGAUAAGCUCGUCAGAGAAGAGUAUGAGGUGCUCGGUAGUGACGGCGAGCCCGUAGUGAAGGCGAAGGGCAAGGGCAAAGCAAUGAAGCCGCCACAAUCUGCUCCCGAGGCUGCUGCUGAUGAAGACGACUUCGAGCUGAUCUAAGCUUAGAGCAAACUUCGACAGCAUUCCUAGGUGAGAACAUGGUUUUGGGUUUUCGGGUCCGCAAGGUCACUGGCGUUUGCUCUAGCGACUUCAUCAUCUCUUCGACGGGCGCGAUUUGAUUGUGCUUUUGGGGUUGGGCUGCAUCACGAGAGGAGCAUUGGGACACGGCGCUCUUUGAGGACUUGAACAGCUUCGUGGCUGGGGAGUUUUUACAUCCGAACGUCUCUGCUGCAUGCAUGUUACUCUAGUCCUUUCACAAAUCUUAUAAUCCUGCUGCGGACCUUUCGAUCUUGACAUGACGCUACAUAUAUCGAAGCAUUCAUUGCUUGAGCAUUCUAGCCAAUGGCGAAGGCCGAGGUCUGUACCUAAUUCGGGAUGGCGCAAGGCUGGUGCCCAAGCUACAG